AUGAGGUGGCUCUUAGGAAGCAACUGGAGGAAGUUCGAACAUGCCGACAGGGAAACCUACGACUGGUUACCUAGUGAACCCAGCCUGCCACUUCUGGAAACCCAGCUGCAGAGCACCAAUAAAGUUAGUUCCACCAAAGAAGACAUCGAGCCGUUUCUCUGCAUCAUCCUCCCAGCCACCAUUCUGCUCUUCCUGGCCUUCCUGCUCCUCUUCCUGUAUCACCGCUGCAAACACCAACAACCUCCAGGGCAGAUUUUCAGCAUCGACGUGCCCGAGGGCUCGCCCCAGCAAGACGGGACUGAUUUCCUCUCGGCCCUUCCCUGGACUAGCGAGCAGAGUUUUCACUACUCCACCCUGCUCCCAGAGGCUUCCUUCAUCAUGCUGUCCUUGCCGCCUUCUUAUGAAGAGGCCACCAUGAAAACCACUGAGGAGUUAGGGAUUGCCCAGAUACCGGUGCCACCUUACGAAGAUUGA